GGUGCAUUGGGCGGGGGCUCACGUCUCCCCCUCAUGGGCAGGAACCAUGAAUGGAGCAGUGCAUUCUGGGAUACGUGCGGCCAACGACAUCAUCGAGCAGAUGAAGUAAACAUUCGAGGACACUUUUAAAUUGUCACUGAAUAAGAAGUUUUGACAGUUUGAUUGAUGGCGUACACAGGACGUGACUUUGACUGUGAUGUCGUCAUUGUUGGGGCCGGCUUAUCAGGCCUGACUGCAGCGUACACCCUUCUCAAGCACGACAGCAAUUUGGACGUCAGGAUUCUCGAAGCCAGUGAUCGUAUUGGCGGGGAAAUACUUACGAAGACUCUAAAAUGUGCGAACGGUGAGACAGACCAAUUUGAUCUUGGAGCUUACCAUAUUCCAGAGAAACAGAAAGAAAUCAACGACCUCCUAGCAGAGUUGGACAUCCAGAAAUACCCGCAGUACGAGGAAGGCAAGAAAUCUUUAGAACUUCUGGACGGCCAAGUAAAAUCCGUCUUGGGGCCCAUCAUGAUGCCGGUUGGAAUCACCGCUCUGCUGGACUUAGUUUCGUUUUUUAUCAAGGUUGGUUCCGCAUCUAACGCUAUUAAUCUUGAGAACCCGCAGCUCUCCGUUAAUGCAGCGGAUCUGGACGGAACGAGCAUGGAGGAUUUCUGCAAGAAAACCGCUUGGACAACGGGAGGUGCUGAUCUGAUGGACAUGAUGGUAAUGGCAUUUCAUGAGAGGGCGCCAGCACAUAUCUCAGUGAUGGAACACCUUUAUUUGAUAAAGUCACGUGGUGGCUUGAUGGCACUAGAGAGUGGAUAUAACACCAAGAUUAAGGGAGGAAUGUAUCAAGUUUGCCAGAAACUCGUUGCACACAUCAAAGAGGAAAACAUCCACACUAGGGAGAAAGUCGUCAGUAUUGCCCAAGAGGACAGACUUGAGAGGGAGCUUGUUCGAACGCAGAGCGGCAAGGUGGUGUCUGCAAAGCAUGUUGUCGUUGCAGUGCCGCUGAGCAAUAUUGCUGACCUUGAGUUUAUUCCACCGUUUGCUAUCGAAAUGCCUGCACCUCCUUACACCCUGGGAUCGAUAAGUUUUGUUGCGACUUACAGUCAGCCGUUUUGGAGGGACGCAGGAUUCUCCGGCCACUUUAUAAGCUUGUUGUCAAUCCUGGCGCAGAUCAGGGAACUUCCCCAGGCAGGGCCUCUCGCCAUAGUCAUGGAUGGAGAAUCAACCAAUGGCCAUGCAGCGCUGUUUGGAUCCCUAGUAACCGGCAACAUGAGGAAUCCAACGUGGGUGACUGACAAACUGAAGACUAUGGAUGAACGUAAGGCGGUUGUGCUGACCAAGCUGGCUGAGAUCUUCGGACGGCAAGCCGAGCAAGCCAUUGAUUAUGCUGACCAUGUUUGGGAGCCUCAGGAGGGGGUUCAAGAAAUGAGUAAAUUCAUGGAUAAAUUUGCAUUCUUCAGUCAGUCAUCUGGCAGGGUGCAUUGGGCGGGGACUCACGUCUCCCCAUGGGCAGGAAACAUGAACGGAGCAGUGCAUUCUGGGAUACUUGCGGCCAACGACAUCAUCGAGCAGAUGAAGUAAACGUUCCUAAGAUGCUGUCAAAUACUAGCGUCACUUUUUGUACAGAUCUGAAAUCGAGGUACUGGAUCACAAGUCCUUCACAAGUCCAUCACAUGUCCAUCACAUGUCCAUCACAU